GGCGCCAUUUGUGCGAGUAGAUACUAGAGAGCGGUAGUAUUAGGCGCUCUUUUUGAAUUGCGUUUGAAAUAUCGUUUUUCUAAAAUCUCUUAUCUUUCUGUAAAUGGGUAUAUUUCACGUGAGGACAUGUUUUAGUGCGCAUUGUCUGUCGAGUUGAUUACACCUACACGUCUUGUUUAGCCGGUUCUUUUCUGUCAGCUAUAGCUAACGCGCCAGUCUGGACUACUGUCCGUGAGCAGUUGCUUAUUUAUGUUUUUAUAAUGAAUUUUGGAUUUAGCCGGCGACAUUGUGCAGUAUGAGCCAAGCAAUUUCUUGCCUGCCAGCUUGCUAAAUAUUUGGUUAGUCCGCAUGUUACCUGAAGGUUAGUCGUAUAACAAUAGGCGGCUAAAAGGUUGUGACUUGGUUCUUUGCUGUCUUUAGGAAAUGAAAAUGUAUAGCUGAUACAGUUCGGUUUCUUACCGUGUAGCUGUCAUAGCACUUACAUUCCCUCUGCAAAAUUGAAGCGGUAUGGCUGGGGCCGUCGCUAUGGCGUCUGUAAUUGAAGAUUUUGACACGCAGCCCUGCAAGAAACAAAGAAAAGAUGGGGAUAUUACUUCUGUUAAACCAAUUACUAACUACUUUCAGCCCAUGCCAAAGACUACAGAGAAGGUGUUCUCACCCCCCAAGUCCAACUGCAUAACAGAUUAUUUCAAAAAGACCCCACCUGCUUUGGAGAAGAGCAGCAUGUCCGAGCAGAGCAAAGAGAAUGGGCAGAACCAGCGGGAGGCUACCAGCCACACAGAAACCCCAACAAGGCCAGCCAAGGCCCAGAGGCUCAGGAAGAGUAGGAAGCCAGGCAAGGCGCUUGCUUUCAGCAGACAGGCUCAGGGCGACUUCGUGGAGGUCAUCGCACUUUCGGAAUCCAGCUGUUCCAACAUCGGGACGGCGCCGCUGGAUGAAGCAGGGACGGCUCCGGUCCUCCUGGGCAGCGAGACUGCGGCCCUCCUGGCUCAGGUCAGCACGGAGGCCUUUGGUGGAGAAAAGAGCCCCCCCAUGGAGAGCUCAGCAGCGACUGAUGCGCAUCCCAAAAAAUGCCUCCAAGAGACUACUAGAAGAAGGCCCUCGGUGAAGAAGAAACUGAGGGGCAGUUCAGGCUGCUCUUUGGAGUCCCAGGAGGAAUGUGGUAAGAUGAGCAAUGGGGGGACCGGAGGUGAUGGAGAAGCUGGGGAUCAGUCUCCAAGGUCAUGUGACGUCAACACGGAGGUGGAUAACACUGCUGGUCUGAAUGGUGGAACCAUUACAAUCUCGUUUGAGGACUUCCUUCAGAGUCAAAUUGAAGAGGAUGUUGCCAGUCCUAAGGACACUGAAAAAGAUGCACAGGUGCAGUCUGUGGCUGCUUCUGCUCAGGGCGAUCCGCAACAAGUGUCCCCACGUACCCUUACAAUUCAGGCAGAAGUCCACCCUGUCUCCAAUGCACCCGAGCUGGUGAUGAACACCAAGAAGAGGUUGGCAUCCAUAUUCAAUAGGAGGCAGACACUAGAGCAUGAUAAGAGGAAGGUGGAAGGUUCAAGCUCCCCACAGGAAAAGUGUGAAUCCCUUCCAGCUCCCAGGCGGAAGUCCAAUGUGGUCCUACGUGAGGAGGAUCUGGAGCUGGCUGUCAUUGAGUCUGGUGCCACCUCCAAAUGCAGUCAGGCUGAAAGAAAGCAGUUCAUGAAUGCCUUUAGGCAGCCUGGCCAAGAAACCGGCAAAACCAGCAAACCCAAAAAGGGUCCUGGCAGACAGGAGACAGCAGUGGAAAGAGUUGCUGAGGUCCAGGAAGAACCACCAACCAGUGUGGAGGCUACAAAUGAGGAAGAAGGCCAAACAUCUAUGUCCAAGCCUCUGGGAGAUGAGAAGCCAAGUAGGUCGGGGAGGAAGGGAGCCAGCAGGCUCAGGAGAGCAGGCAAGAAGAACGCAGAAGAACCUUCACCUGUCCCAGCUCUAGAGGAGAAGCCAUCGGUGGGAACUGAGCAAAAGGACAAUCGGCUCGACCCAGCUGGCGAUGGCAGUAACACACCUGCUGGGACCACACCGAUGCGAAGGUCCACCAGGGGCCGUCCCCAGCAAAUGACCCCAGAGCAGAAGGUAACCAUACAUGCUCCCAUAACCAGGAGCCGAGAGAGACUACAAGAGCAGCGGCUGCCUGAGAAAGCCUCUCAGGGGGACUCUUCACCAGCGGUCACGCCUAAGACACAACGGCUCAUUCGCAAUGUGUACAGGGCCGAGAUGCUCUCCCCUCCAGAUGACCAGGGAAGCCCCAUCAGGAUGAGAAUCCAGCGUGUGUUCAUGGAGUCUGAACCUAAAUCUGCUGAUGGAAGUGACUGUGAAAUAUUAAGUCCUGCAGCUACUAAGGCUGGUGCAUCCAAGAGCAGAAAACAGGCCAGAAAGCUACUCCAGAAAGCUCGAGCUCUCCAGCAGAAUAAAAAGAAGGUGGACAGCAAAGGCUCCGUACGGCGCUCCCUGAGAAAUCGGGACCUGAAGACCACCUACUGUGAGGAUGAGCAUGCCUAUGACCUCACGGUAGUGCGGAUCGCUGAUUGGCGGAGCCCGCUGAGCCAAAGAAGCGGUAUGGCUGGGGCCGUCGCUAUGGCGUCUGUAAUUGAAGAUUUUGACACGCAGCCCUGCAAGAAACAAAGAAAAGAUGGGGAUAUUACUUCCGUUAAACCAAUUACUAACUACUUUCAGCCCAUGCCAAAGACUACAGAGAAGGUGUUCUCACCCCCCAAGUCCAACUGCAUAACAGAUUAUUUCAAAAAGACCCCACCUGCUUUGGAGAAGAGCAGCAUGUCCGAGCAGAGCAAAGAGAAUGGGCAGAACCAGCGGGAGGCUACCAGCCACACAGAAACCCCAACAAGGCCAGCCAAGGCCCAGAGGCUCAGGAAGAGUAGGAAGCCAGGCAAGGCGCUUGCUUUCAGCAGACAGGCUCAGGGCGACUUCGUGGAGGUCAUCGCACUUUCGGAAUCCAGCUGUUCCAACAUCGGGACGGCGCCGCUGGAUGAAGCAGGGACGGCUCCGGUCCUCCUGGGCAGCGAGACUGCGGCCCUCCUGGCUCAGGUCAGCACGGAGGCCUUUGGUGGAGAAAAGAGCCCCCCCAUGGAGAGCUCAGCAGCGACUGAUGCGCAUCCCAAAAAAUGCCUCCAAGAGACUACUAGAAGAAGGCCCUCGGUGAAGAAGAAACUGAGGGGCAGUUCAGGCUGCUCUUUGGAGUCCCAGGAGGAAUGUGGUAAGAUGAGCAAUGGGGGGACCGGAGGUGAUGGAGAAGCUGGGGAUCAGUCUCCAAGGUCAUGUGACGUCAACACGGAGGUGGAUAACACUGCUGGUCUGAAUGGUGGAACCAUUACAAUCUCGUUUGAGGACUUCCUUCAGAGUCAAAUUGAAGAGGAUGUUGCCAGUCCUAAGGACACUGAAAAAGAUGCACAGGUGCAGUCUGUGGCUGCUUCUGCUCAGGGCGAUCCGCAACAAGUGUCCCCACGUACCCUUACAAUUCAGGCAGAAGUCCACCCUGUCUCCAAUGCACCCGAGCUGGUGAUGAACACCAAGAAGAGGUUGGCAUCCAUAUUCAAUAGGAGGCAGACACUAGAGCAUGAUAAGAGGAAGGUGGAAGGUUCAAGCUCCCCACAGGAAAAGUGUGAAUCCCUUCCAGCUCCCAGGCGGAAGUCCAAUGUGGUCCUACGUGAGGAGGAUCUGGAGCUGGCUGUCAUUGAGUCUGGUGCCACCUCCAAAUGCAGUCAGGCUGAAAGAAAGCAGUUCAUGAAUGCCUUUAGGCAGCCUGGCCAAGAAACCGGCAAAACCAGCAAACCCAAAAAGGGUCCUGGCAGACAGGAGACAGCAGUGGAAAGAGUUGCUGAGGUCCAGGAAGAACCACCAACCAGUGUGGAGGCUACAAAUGAGGAAGAAGGCCAAACAUCUAUGUCCAAGCCUCUGGGAGAUGAGAAGCCAAGUAGGUCGGGGAGGAAGGGAGCCAGCAGGCUCAGGAGAGCAGGCAAGAAGAACGCAGAAGAACCUUCACCUGUCCCAGCUCUAGAGGAGAAGCCAUCGGUGGGAACUGAGCAAAAGGACAAUCGGCUCGACCCAGCUGGCGAUGGCAGUAACACACCUGCUGGGACCACACCGAUGCGAAGGUCCACCAGGGGCCGUCCCCAGCAAAUGACCCCAGAGCAGAAGGUAACCAUACAUGCUCCCAUAACCAGGAGCCGAGAGAGACUACAAGAGCAGCGGCUGCCUGAGAAAGCCUCUCAGGGGGACUCUUCACCAGCGGUCACGCCUAAGACACAACGGCUCAUUCGCAAUGUGUACAGGGCCGAGAUGCUCUCCCCUCCAGAUGACCAGGGAAGCCCCAUCAGGAUGAGAAUCCAGCGUGUGUUCAUGGAGUCUGAACCUAAAUCUGCUGAUGGAAGUGACUGUGAAAUAUUAAGUCCUGCAGCUACUAAGGCUGGUGCAUCCAAGAGCAGAAAACAGGCCAGAAAGCUACUCCAGAAAGCUCGAGCUCUCCAGCAGAAUAAAAAGAAGGUGGACAGCAAAGGCUCCGUACGGCGCUCCCUGAGAAAUCGGGACCUGAAGACCACCUACUGUGAGGAUGAGGACUCCGUGGUGUGUCUGGAAGGCGAUGAGGAGGAGCCCGUCCCGGCUGCCAAUGCGAAGGCCGAAGGUGAAAAACGGCUGCGUGCUGUGAAUGAAGUGCUGGGAAAGGCUGCCCCCGGUGGCAAGGAGGCUCGGGGCAGUGCAGCUUCCAAGGUGGCGCCCGUAUUUCUCAUGAAAAAAGGACAGAAGCCCUCGGCGGUCAUCUCAAUUUUUGACGAUAGCAGUCGAGAAGGCUCGGAGAACUCGCAGGACGACGAGCAGUUCAAAGCCCGCAGGGAGUUCCUGAAGAGUGGCCUCCCUGACUCCUUCAAGAAGCAGAUCGCUAGGAGUGCAGCCAGUCGGGACGCCUACUCUGCAGCCUGCGCCUCAUUCCAGGCCGUGGUCCACGUGCGGCAGAAGCCUCAGGAUUGUGCGAUUUGGAGUCUGCCGUGGCCUGGGUCAGCAUUGUUAAAACACCUAGAAACAUGUUGUCUGGAGCCCCCCAAACCCGUUCUGUCGCUUGGACAGCUUGGUUCCACCAAGACCCUGCCUGCGCUGAGAGCCCACAAAGACCAGGGCCCCGGCUGGAGGGAGGAUUUGUCAGAGCAGGUCCGCAGAUGUCUGCUCGAGGAAGUCAGGGCGUCCAACCCUCUAUUCCCAGUGCGGAGGUUCUUUACCUGGUUCCUGAAAAAGCGUGCCGACCAUCUGCUACAGUGCAUGGCCUCAGACUCGGACGAAAGCCCGACCGCUCCCAGUGUUCCCGCUCCCUCCAAGGCCGCCGGCAAGAAGAGGAAGCACAGGGUGGAGGAAGAAGGUGGAGAGGGGCUGUCCAAGCGGCGGCGGUCCAGCCGGGGGCAGCCCAUCGUGAUUGAGGACAGCCCCCCCGCUGGGGCGUCCUCAGAGCUGCCGGGGAGAAGCCGGCCGAGUCGAGCUCAGCGGCAGAGGAAGGAUGAUGGAAACACACCUGCUGAAAAUGGCCCUUUAAUUGUGCUUGAUACACCAGAACCACAAGGGAAUUCUGGGAAAGGAGGCUGUGUGAAGGAGGAUGUGCUGUGGACGGAGAAAUACCAGCCGCAGCACUCCAGCGAGGUCAUCGGGAACUCCGCCGCAGUAAAAAAACUGCACAGCUGGUUAAAGGACUGGAAGCUGAGGGCGGACCGGGAGGAGAGGAGGAAUCAGAAGGAGAGGAAACAGGAGGAUAAUAGCAGCGACUCCUGGGACUCCGGCGACUUCCGUGGGGAGGAGGAACCAGGCGAGGAGCAGUUGUGUAACACGCUACUGAUCACGGGCCCCUCGGGAGUGGGCAAGACGGCGGCGGUGUACGCCUGCGCUCAGGAGCUGGGCUUCAAGGUGUUUGAAGUGAACGCCUCCUCCCAGCGCAGUGGCCGUCAGAUCCUGUCCCAGCUAAAGGAGGCCACCCAGUCCCACCAGGUGGACAUCCAGGGGACUGGGAUCUUCAAGCCGUCUUUCUUCAACAGCUCCAGUGCCGGGUCCGUCAGAUGCGGCCCGUCCCCGAGGAAGAUGAACUCUCCCAGAAAGGUGGUCUCCUCUCCCAGAAAACCUCCCCAGUCCCCCAGGGGUGCAGCAUCCAAAAGGGGCGGUCUGACUCCCACCACACUGGCCGAUUUCUUCAAGAUGGCCAGACCCAAGGGCAAGAACCCUGACAGCCAGGCAGUGUGUCCACGGAAUGCUCGUGCUCGGGUUGCCGGGAAAGCAAAAGAGGGGAUUUCGUCCAGCAAGCCAGCGGCGUCCAAGACGGAGCCUACAGCAGAGGAGCAGAGCAAGAAAACAGCCACCUCUCUCAUUCUGUUUGAGGAGGUUGAUGUCAUAUUUGAAGAUGAUUCAGGAUUCCUUGCUGCUAUCAAAACAUUUAUGACUACAACCAAGAGGCCGGUGAUCCUGACCACCAGCGAUCCUACGUUUAACAUCAUGUUUGAUGGACAGUUUGAGGAAAUCCAUUUCGAAACUCCAUCAGCGGUGAACGUUGGAACCUACCUGCAGCUGGUGUGCCUGGCGGAGAACGUGCGGACCGACGCCAGCGACCUGUCCUCCCUGCUGCACUGGACGGGCUGCGACGUGCGGCAGAGCCUGCUGCAGCUGCAGUUCUGGGUGCGCAGUGGUGGGGGGCAUCCGGCCCCACGGCCAUUCCUGGCUCCGCCCCCCGAAAGCGCAGUUCCAAGUGAUUCUGGUUCGGCUGUGGAUAAAGAGGGACCGGCCAAGAAUGUAGAGCCACCAGCUGACCUGCCUCCCUGUCACACCAGCUGCACCGAAAGUCUGCUGGGCCUUUUAAACAUCGAACCUGCACUGGACCUCCAGCACCUGUGCAAGUGCAAGUCAUCUACUGAACCAGAGAGCCAAAGAUUCUGGGAGGUGCUGUCAGAUAGCUGGGGAAGGGGAGUUGAUCUCCUUUACUCCAACAUGGAGCACCUUCUGCCCCUGCCAACCGGGUCCUUGGGAAGCCGUGGCCCCAGUCCUCUAGAGGUACCCGAUCCAGCGCCACAAGAGGAGGCAGGGCCGAGCCGACGGCACCCGUGGGUCGACGAGCUGCUGAGUGACGAUAGCCCUGUGAAGGUCUCCAGGAGCAGCAGGAGGAGGAAGGUCCACUCGGGCCAAGUUGCCGUUGUGUCGGACGUGGACUCUGAUGACGGUUUCCUCUCGCUUUGUGAGCCCUUUCAAAAGGCAGCUUCAAAUUCGGAGGAAACGUCCCAGUCAGAGGCUAGCAGAGAAGAGGCUCCGAAGUCUUCAAGGUCUGGGGCAAGGGCGGAGCGCUCGCCUUCAGAACAGAAGGCUGAUGAACUAGUGUCCAGCUGUCUAGACUCCCUGGCUGGAUUCCUGGAUCACAUGUCCUUCCUGGACUCUGCACUGGCUCCCACAGAACUGGAGAGCACCAUCCGGGGGGGAGCUCUCAGCUGGACGGAGGCUGGUGUGAAGAAUGGCCUGACGGAUGAACCAAGAACAGAGCCUGUGGUUGGUGUUGAGGGAAGGAGCAUGGCGGAGGUCAGGGCCACGUUGGAGGCUGUGAGCUUCCAGCAAUGCCGGGCAGGAGUCGAGCGGGUGUGGACGGACGCCCAGGAGCUAGAGCAGGAGGCGAGGGAGGAGGUCUUUGGGAGGCUCAGCUUGCCUGUGGCCCCACACAGACGGGGCUUUAGCCUUGGUCACACCGGAUCCUGUGAGCCAAGCGUGGCCAAGAAGCGCUCUGAGGUCCUGAGGGCAGUCUCCAGCCGAAUGUUUGGCAUUCUGGGUAAUAAGCCUGCCGCAGCCAUGGAUUACCUGCCCAUGCUCCGCACCAUCUGCAGGUCGGAGAGGCUAAAGGAGCAGGGGAAAGUCAAGCGCAGGUUCUUGCACUACCUAGAUGGCAUUCAUCUUAACCUCCCCAGGAGCACAGUUCAGCACCUGGCAGAGGAUUUCCCCUGAGAGGAAUACAUCUUCCAGGUCUCUGGUGCUCCGUCACAAACUGUGUAGUAGCUUAAGGAGAAUAUUUUAUACAUCUUGUUUCAUUGCUGUGAGUUUGUACAUUUUAAAGCAGCUAACCAUUUGUCAACAUGUAUUUUUGUACUAUGUUUUAGAUUUUGAAAAGGUUUUAAAGAAAUAAAUUUACAUUUAUGUUA